GUUUUAGAGUAACCGUACGGUUAGGUUGGAGUUAUUGUUAUUUUCAAAUUUAUUGGCUUAUCCUUGGAUAAUUUUAUCUUACGCCGCUUAUCAGCAAUAAAGAAAGCAAGCGAAUAUUCAUUUCACUCUUUCUCUCAUUUCAUAUUCUUUUAAUACGAAAAAGCAAUGGGCGCAAUAAGAUGAUCGAAAUUGAUCUGAUUGGUAAUUACAUUUCUACUCCUUAAUGUUCAGCGGUUACUCUUUUAUCUGCAUCACAUUGGCCAUGAAUGUUUAUUCUCAUUAUGAUAACGAUUCCGUUAAUUUCAUUCAUUCAAACGAUGGUGAAUCGUCGCGUAAAAAUUCCAACCGUCUCAGUGAGCUCCGUCAAUUUGUUAAACGGCGAAAGAAUUCGGGGAAAGUACCUCUACGUCAUCAGUUAGCCUGUUCAUUACCAAAUGAAUCAAUCAGUCGACAUAAAAUUUCAACGGACAUACAAUUCUUUGAAAUGGAAAAAUGGGAUGAAGAGCAUGACAAGACACUAUCGAGACGUUUUAGUGUUCCGGAAAAGGAUUAUGUGAUAUUGCGCCAAUCUCGGGAACGUCAGCUGGAGGUUGUCGCUGCAUUUGAUAAGCACACGGAUCCUUAUAAACAGUAUAUGCAGUCUUUGUUAUGCUACGAUUUAGCACCAGUCCAUGGAUCAGCUUUACUGAUUGAUGGUGAUCUCCCGAUGCGUAAAUCAGUAUUAGCUCUUUAUCAAUCUGGACACGAUGCAGCAGUGGUAAUCAAUUCAAUUGCACAUAAUCCGGUAGGUAUGAUAACCGUUACCGAUUGUCUUCGUGCGAUUGUCCUUACUCUCAAUAUCGAUUCUGAAAUAGGUGAUCGACCGGUUCGCGAUUUCCUUGAGGCUUACGGCAAGAAAAAGCUUAUCACUGCAACCGUUAAUAUGUCUGUUUGGGAUGCAGCUAGGCUGUUUUGUCUCAAUCAUGUCCACCGUAUACCUAUAUUUCAAGCUGACGAAAGCAGCUUCUUCACUGAUAUUCUCUACAUGUUAUCGUUGCGACGAAUUUUCUGCGAAACUAUUAUCAAAUUGAUAGAGCCAAGUUUUUCAUUAGCUCCUCAUGUAAAGCACCGAACAUUGCUUGAUUCCGGUAUUGGCACGUGGGAGGAUGUCGUUACGAUCACAAGUAGCGCAUGCUGUGGUGAAGUAAUUGACAAACUUAUAACGGGGAAAUUAUCAUGUAUUGCUGUUGUUAAUGAGCACAAUAUAGUCCUCGGAAAAAUCGGUAAAAAUGAUAUCAUGCGUGAGCUUGUGGAGCACUCCAACGAUUAUCUGGAAAUUGUCAAUGUGCCUGUUGAGAAUGUUUAUCGUGUCCCACCGUUUGGCCGUCCAACUCACACCGUAUAUGAAGGGAUCGCAUUGUUGUUAUCAUCUGAUGACCAAUGUCUAUUUGUUGUUGACUGCAAUCAACGUGUUAUG